AUGGAAAUUCGGCUCAUAUGCCAGUUCUUACUAGUCUUAAUUUCUGCAAAAUUUGCAAGUUCGGAUGAAAGGGACAUUGAUGAAAAUGAAGGGAAAUUCAGAGAAGAAGUCACAACAGAAAAUACUGCAGUUGCCACUACAGAAUCAUUGAGGCAGUCGAGAUGGUAUCGUGGUUACGAUGCUGAAGAAAACGAGCGUGGCUAUCAUCACGAUGAUGAUGAGCAUGACGACGAUCACGAUGAAGACGAUGAUGAUGAUCUCGACGUCGACGAUAUGGGAGAUAUGGGGGAUUCAAAGGCGAUGGUGGAGCCAAAAGGAGAUGUCUGGGGUGGUUACUACGAUUUCCUCAUAAAUGAGGGCAGUUACAAGUUUUGGGCAGUAUUUCAGCUUGCCACCGCCGCGCUGUUAAUAUACAGCGGUUUCGCAGCAAUUUAUUACGCCAAGGUGAAUCCACCGACAGGUCCCGACUACGAAGACUACUUCCUGAGAAGAAGAAGAAGACGGAGACGAUCUUUCGGUCUCGCCCCCCAAGAAAGAAAUUUCCUGGGCCUUAGACCCGAGAAUUUCCAAAGAAUAAUAGACGCUAUUGCGAAAGAAUUUCACUGA